CGCGGGCGCAGCCAUGGCCGGGGCCCCCACGCUGGCCCUGCUCCUGCUCGCGCGGCUCCUGGCCGCCACCCUGACCGGGACCGGGGCGCAGAAAGUGGGACCUCAAGGCCCCCCCGGUCCCCAAGGGCCACCUGGGAAGCCGGGCAAGGAUGGCAUUGAUGGAGAAGCUGGGCCUCCCGGUCUGCCCGGGUCCCCGGGACCAACAGGGGCCCCAGGGAAGCCAGGGAAGCCAGGAGAGGCCGGGCUGCCGGGACUGCCCGGUGUGGACGGCCUGACGGGGCAGGACGGACCUCCCGGACCCAAGGGCGCACCUGGGGAACAGGGAAGCCUGGGACCCCCGGGGCCUCCCGGGUUGGGGGGCAAAGGCCUCCCCGGACCCCCCGGAGAGGCAGGAGAGAGUGGUGUCCCCGGUGGAAUCGGCCUCCGGGGCCCCCCGGGACCCUCUGGACUGCCAGGCCUCCCCGGCCCCCCCGGACCUCCCGGACCCCCCGGUCACCCAGGGGUCCUCCCUGAGGGCGCCACUGACCUUCAGUGCCCGGCCAUCUGCCCACCAGGCCCCCCCGGUCCCCCAGGAAUGCCGGGGUUCAAGGGGCCCACCGGCUACAAAGGAGAUCAAGGAGAGGUCGGCAAGGACGGAGAGAAGGGCGAUCCUGGCCCCCCUGGGCCCGCUGGCGUCCCUGGCUCUGUGGGGCUGCAGGGGCCUCGGGGACUCCGAGGUCUGCCCGGGCCGGCUGGGCCCCCAGGGGAUCGGGGUCCCAUCGGAUUCCGAGGGCCGCCAGGGAUCCCAGGAGCCCCCGGGAAAGUGGGUGACAGAGGCGAGAGGGGCCCAGAGGGUUUCCGCGGCCCCAAGGGUGACCUUGGCAGACCCGGCCUCAAGGGAGUCCCCGGGAUGGCCGGGCCGGGCGGGGAGCCGGGAAUGCCAGGCAAGGACGGCCGGGAUGGCGUGCCGGGACUGGACGGCGAGAAGGGAGAGGCCGGUCGCAACGGUGCCCCAGGAGAGAAGGGUCCCAACGGGCUGCCGGGCCUCCCGGGUCGAGCAGGGUCCAAGGGCGAGAAGGGAGAACUGGGCCGAGCUGGAGAGCUGGGGGAGGCUGGCCCCUCGGGAGAGCCUGGCAUCCCGGGGGACGUUGGCGUGCCUGGGGAGCGUGGUGAGGCUGGCCACAGGGGCUCGGCGGGGGCUCUGGGCCCACAAGGCCCUCCUGGAGCCCCUGGCGUCCGCGGCUUCCAGGGCCAGAAGGGCAGCAUGGGCGACCCCGGCCUGCCGGGUCCCCAGGGCCUCCGAGGUGCCUCAGGUGACCGGGGCCCGGGGGGAGCCGCAGGCCCUAAGGGAGACCAGGGCGUUGCAGGUUCCGACGGCCUCCCUGGGGACAAAGGAGAGCUGGGUCCCGGUGGCCCGGUCGGACCCAAAGGAGAGGCUGGCAGUCGAGGGGAGCUGGGCCCCAAGGGCAUCCAGGGUCCCAAUGGCACCAGCGGCGUCGAGGGCCUCCCGGGCCCGCCCGGCCCCGUGGGCUUCCCGGGCGUCCAGGGCGUGCCCGGCAUCACCGGGAAACCGGGGGUUCCGGGGCGAGAAGCCAGCGAGCAGCACAUCCGGGAGCUGUGCGGGGGGAUGCUCAGCGAACAAAUCGCGCAGUUGGCCGCUCACCUGAGGAAGCCUCUGGCGCCCGGAUCCGCCGGGCGGCCUGGGCCAGCGGGGCCCCCAGGCCCCCCGGGGCCCCCAGGCUCCAUCGGCCACCCCGGUGCCCGAGGGCCCCCUGGAUACCGCGGCCCCACCGGAGAGCUGGGGGACCCGGGGCCCAGAGGGGCCCCCGGGGACCGAGGAGACAAAGGCUCCGCGGGCGCGGGUCUGGACGGGCCGGCCGGGGACCAGGGCCUCCAAGGACCACAAGGCGUGCCUGGCGUUAGCAAAGACGGCCGCGACGGGGCCAACGGCGAGCCCGGGCCUCCAGGCGAUCCUGGCCUCCCCGGUGCUGUGGGUGCUCAGGGGACACCCGGCAUCUGCGACACCUCGGCCUGCCAAGGAGCUGUGAUGGGAGGCGGCGGGGAAAAGUCAGGUUCUAGAAGCUUCUAAAACGUAACCAAAGGAACUGAGGUGGUGGUGCCGAUGCCAGCAGGGAGCUCUGGAGGGACGCCAGGAGUCGGCGGCACUCUGUGCCGGGAGGGGACAGCAUGCCACCCGCGGCAGCCCCCGCGGCCCUCCUGGCCUGCCCCUCGUUCCUCGGUGGCAGCAGCCGGACACUUGUCCCUGAGAGCAUCCGUCAUAGACCUGUUGCCCAGUGUCGUCCUCCGUGCAUCUCCACCUGUGCAUCAGCUCUAACAUCGUACCUCGGGCACGGGUCCCGUGUGCACGACCGAGACCCCACUUCUGAGAGGGAGACAGGGCACAGGUACACAAAGUCACGUACGAUUCCACGAGACCUAAAACCGCAAGCUGUUCACACAGCGCUUGUGUAAGGAGGUCUGCUCACAGGUAGCGGCAGAUGAACCCGAGCGACCCCAAUCUAACAAAUAAAGGAUUUCACGUACGGUACCCCCUCCACACAUGGUCUAGUCUGAUUUACCUGCUUCCUGGGUACAAACUUUUGACUGUCUCUGAGUAACAGUAUUUAUUGAAGGAAAGUCUACUGCUAUUACCUGUUGUGAUAAAUAAAGCCACUCGUGU